GGGAUAGAUAUUAGCAGCCGAAGGAAUCAACAAAAGGGUUGGCCCCAAACUGUGUCAGGGUGCGAGUCUCAGAGAGAGAGAGAGAGAUGGCAGAGGGAGAGAGCACAGUGGAACCAGAACCUGAAGCAACCGAGACAUCAUCAACAACAUCAACAACAACGACAACAUCAUCAUCAACAACAACAUGGAACCUCGGACAACAUACCCAGAUAUUGAACUUGUCGGAGAAUCUCAUCAAUGGGGAACUUAACACCAAGAUUGAAGCUGCAAGAGAAAUCAGAAGACUCAUUCGCAAAUCUUCUUCUCCCAAGACCCGCUUCAAGCUUGCUGCAGCUGGUGUCAUUCAACCCCUUGUCUUCAUGCUCUCUUCUUCCAACCUUGAUGCCCGUGAAUCCUCUCUCCUCGCUCUCCUCAAUCUCGCUGUUCGCAAUGAAAGGAACAAGGUCACAAUAGUGAGUGCUGGUGCCAUGCCUCCUCUGGUGGAGCUCCUCAAGAUGCAAAAUAGUCGAAGCAUGCGGGAGUUAGCUACAGCAGCUAUCCUCACACUCUCUGCCGCUGCACCCAACAAGCCCAUUAUUGCUGCUUCUGGAGCUGCACCUCUCCUUGUUCAGAUUCUCAAAUCUGGAAGUCUUCAAGGAAAAGUUGAUGCUGUCACCGUCCUCCAUAAUCUUUCCACCGACACUGAGGAUUCAACUGAACUUCUCGACGCUAGUGCUGUUUCCCCUCUCAUCAACCUCCUUAAAAAUUGCAAGAAGUAUUCCAAGUUUGCAGAAAAAGCUACAGCACUACUUGAAAUCCUUUCCAACUCUGAAGAGGGACGAACCGCAAUCUCACUUGUAGAUGGUGGAAUUUUAACCCUAGUGGAGACAGUUGAAGAUGGAUCACUUGUCAGCACAGAGCAUGCUGUUGGAGCGUUGUUAUCAUUAUGUCGAAGCUCCCGGGAUAAAUACCGGGAACUUAUUCUUAACGAAGGAGCGAUUCCGGGUCUGUUACGGCUGACUGUGGAUGGCACGGCCGAAGCUCAAAAUAGAGCCCGCGUGCUUCUAGAUUUGCUUAGAGAUUCUCCUCCUGAGAAAACACUAACCUCCUCAAUUUUGGAGAAAAUUGUUUUUGACAUUGCCGAAAGGGUAGAUGGAGUAGAUAAAGCUCCUGAAACUGCGAAACGAUUAUUGCAAGAUAUGGUUCAAAGGAGUAUGGAGCACAGCAUGAAUUGCAUCCAGCAGAGAGCUGCAUCCUGUAAUCCUGUGAUUCCAUCAACUUGAUAUAUAUAUCUCUGCUCGACAAGCAAACAUGCAUAGUAGAGUUUUUAACUUGUAUAUAUAUUUUCUUUUUCCCCUCUGGGCCAGUUUGUGUUUUAUGCUUUUAGUUAAAUCACCAUCCAGAAUGAGUCUUAGCUGCUCUACAUAACUAGUCUAAUGAUAUUUUUCAGACUAAUCUAGGCUUUGAUCUGUUAACCUUGUGACUCAGAAUUACACUGUAUACCUUGUCCGGGAUAGUGCAUAUAUAAAGGAAUCUGCUUUUGCAUCUA